AUGUCGAAAUAUGCCCCUGAAACAAAUAAUCGAUCAUUACCCCAAUCCCCUUCCUCGUCGGGAUUAGCGGCUGCCACCGCAGCUUUGCGAAUGCACAGUCUGCCUGUGUCUUCUUCCCCAGUCAAACAACCACCUGUUCAACGACAUCCAGCGGCGGCACCAAGAAGUAAUUCCUUGUCCAAUAGAAGCAACUCCCUUCGUCAAUAUACUUAUCAUCCUAAAGCAUCGUAUGCCGUGGGACAACCAUCAAUACCUAACCCGAGAAGGUACAGCAGUUUGACCAAUAAAGUAAAUUCCACUUAUGCCCAAUUCGCCCCUCCAGAGGAUGAUGAAGACAUGGAAGAAACAGUAGUCACCACAACAACCACCAAAGUCGUUGAUUCUCACGGACGCACCCAGUCAAUAACAACAAAGACAGUAACCACCCUUCCGGAUGGAUCCAACAUCAUAGAAACAACAACCAAGAAUAUUCUGAGGACAAGUUCCCGAGCCAAUUCCUUGAAUUCUGGAGCCAACCUCCGAGUCAAUUCCCUAACCCAUUCCAAUAAUCUCGAGAAGAUUGACGAACAAUUACAGAACUUCGAGUAUGACUACCAGGUCGACUCAAGCCAUUUGGACUCGCCUGAUACGAUGUUGAAAUUGAACCUUCCUGAUAACGCCAAUCAAUCUACUCCCAAGGAAAUCUUGCCUGUCCAUUCAGAUGAACCUAAGCCAAUUGCAAAGACGGACUCAGUCGAGAAACCCAGAUCUAUAUUAAAGAACUCGCAACGACCUCCGAUGGAAGAACCAUACGACCAGCCACUAAAUGACGUUUCGCCAGCAUCACCAAGAAGUCUAUCCACCCCACCCAACUCAAUCACAUUCAAUGAAAAAGUCAAGACCAUCCCUGUUUACACUGAGCAUAAAACUCUCAGAAAAGCAUCUAAACCACGACCCCAAUCCCACGUACCUCCUCCAUCAUCGCCAAAAACUCCAGUUCCCGAUGCCGAUUUCUACGCGGCAGCCAUGCAAGCAGCAUAUAAGAAAGUAUAUGGGGACAGAGUGCCAGAUGCGCCUGUUGCAACCGCAGCUCCUCUUACUCCUCCUCCACCUGCAGUUCCUGCUGCUGCUGUUGAUGAAGUCGAGCCUGCAUCACCCAAGAAAUCCAAGUUUGGAUUCCUUCCAUUGAGUCCGAGAAGAAUGUCCAUUCUGAAGGAAAAACCAAAUAUCCCGGUUCCAACCACAAUAAUUCCUGAUCAUAAACACGAAGGUGAAAUUCCCGACGAUUACAAAUACCAAGGACAUCAUCGACAAUUUGCAACUCAUUCGAUGAGGGAUAAUAUUGCCAAGAAGGAUACCUCGCGAAAAGAACGACUUAAAGAGGAAAAGAGACAAGCUAAGGAAGAAGCCGAUAGACAGAAGCGGGAAGCUAAAGAGAGGGCCGCCCAGGAGAAGAAAGAGGCUAAAGAACGAGCUAUUCUUGAAAAGAAAUUAAAGAAGGAGCAGGAAGAGGAGAAUAAGAGAUUAGCCAAGGAGAAAGCCGAAGAAGAGAAACAGUUGGCCAAGGAAAAGGCCGAGGAAGAGAAACGAUUAGCAGAAGAAGAAAAGAUACUAGCUAAAGAAAGAGCCGAAGAGGAGAAGCGAUUGGCUAAGGAGAAAGCAGAAGAGGAGAAGCGAUUGGCUAAGGAGAAAGCUGAAGAGGAGAAACGACUGGCUGAAGAAGAAAGGAGAAUAGCUAAAGAAAGAGCUGAAGAGGAGAAGCGAUUGGCCAACGAAAAGGCCGUGGAAGCAAAGAGACUAGCUAAACAACAGGAAGAAGAAGAGAGACGGAUUGUUAAGGAAAAGGAACUUGAACAGAAACGGAUUGCUGAAGAGAAGGAGCUUGAAGAAAGACGAUUAGCACAGGAGAAAGAGCUUGAAGAAAGACGAUUGGCUGAGAAAGAAAUUGAAGAAAGACGAUUAGCGAAGGAGAAGGAAGAGGAAGAAAUUCGGAUAGCCAAACAGAGAGAACACGAAGAACAGAAAAUGGCAGAAGAACAGAAAAUGGCAGAAGAACAGAAACAAUUAGCGAUCGAGAAGGAACGUGAGCAAAUCCGAUUGGCGAAGGAAAAGCAAGCGGAAGAAAAAAGGUUGACAAGGGAACAAGCCGAGGAAGAAUCCCGGUUGGCAAGGGAACAGUCCGAAGAGCGGAAACAAUUAGCCGAGCAACGGAGCUUAGCUCAGGAGGUGAAAGAAGAUGAAGAAAACAAGAUUGCUCAGGCUGAAGAACCACGUUUAUCUGACCAGGAUAUAGAAGAAGAAAUGCCUCGCGCUCAGGAGAAGACAGAUGCAGAGAAGCACUUAGCUGCAGAGAAUACCCCGGGAGAGCAACCAAGAGCCACGGAAAUUUUGCCUGACAAAACUGUUUCACGGGAGAAUUCAACCAAGGAGCUGGUUGGAAAUUCGCGUACUGAAACUCAUAACCAAACAUCACAACCAACAACGCCAAAAAAGCGUGGAUCAAAGAUUUUUAACAUAUUUGGAAGACACAAGAAAUCUGCCAGCACUGCAAGUUCCCAUUUCUCUCACCGUACUAUCCUGAAUCCUAACAAUAUGGAAAGCGAAACCAUCAAACUAACCGAAGAAGCAUCCUCUAUUCAAAAGUAUGAAUCGAAGGAUGCAACACGAGCCAACCACGAAGUCCAAUCCAAUAGAGAUACAGUAGACAAUCCUACUAUCAAGUCAGACAAUCAUGAAUACGUCUCUGGUGUUUCUAGUUUUGCUGAAUUUGUCGAUGUUCACAUCACCAAUGACCAUGACGAUGCUUCUUCUAUAGCUGAAUCCCCUGCUGUGAUGGAUGAAGUUAAACGUCAAUCUACAAUUGAUGAUGUUAUUGCUCCUGAACAAAGCGAAUUAGAAGCUCCCAAGCUUGACCCUGCAAAGACUCACGAUACUGUUUCGUCAACUCAAGAAACUUCGCGACCUUUCUUAACUCCGGCUGGCACUUUGGAUGACGUGAAGCUCCAACCUACCAAUGAAUCCCAAGUGGAAAACGCAAUUGAACAUGAAGACAUUGGUACCUUGACCAAGGAAACCACCGAUGAAGACGUUGGUGGCGUCAGCUCUCCUCAACUAACCGAAGUUGAACCUCCACUCGAGAAGACAACUCCGCAAGUAACUGCACAACCUCAGCAAUCUUCUCUCACCGAUCUUCAACCACCAGCAGAGCCAAAGCUUAAGAAUGAAGCUCCAAUUGCUAGUGCCGAUGACAAUUCCACACCUGUUAGCGAGCAAGAAUCAACUCAAGGAACCCAUUCCACCAAUGCUACUGACCAUCAGGAUCUCGAUGACACUGAGGUUACCACCAAGAAGAAGAAGCCAAUUGGAAAGUUCAGACGCACAGUUUACAAGUACUUUGUCAACAAGUAUUAA